AUCCCAUCUGACGUUGGACAACAAAGAUGGCGGCAGGAACCAGCAAUUACUGGGAAGAUCUCAGGAAACAGGCUCGACAGCUGGAAAAUGAACUUGACCUGAAACUAGUUUCCUUCAGUAAACUAUGUACAAGUUACAGUCACAGCAGCACACGAGAUGGAAGACGCGACAGGUAUAGUUCUGACACAACACCCCUUUUAAAUGGAUCAAGCCAAGACAGAAUGUUUGAGACAAUGGCAAUUGAGAUUGAACAACUUUUGGCAAGGCUUACAGGGGUAAAUGAUAAAAUGGCAGAAUAUACCAACAGUGCAGGUGUCCCCUCCUUGAAUGCAGCACUCAUGCAUACGUUACAGCGACAUAGAGACAUAUUACAGGAUUAUACACAUGAAUUUCAUAAAACCAAAGCAAACUUUAUGGCAAUACGGGAAAGGGAGAAUCUCAUGGGAUCAGUACGAAAAGAUAUUGAGUCAUAUAAAAGUGGAUCUGGAGUAAACAACAGAAGAACUGAACUAUUUCUGAAAGAACAUGACCACCUUAGGAACUCAGAUCGUCUGAUAGAAGAAACAAUAAGCAUUGCUAUGGCAACGAAAGAAAAUAUGACUUCACAGAGAGGAAUGUUAAAGUCAAUUCACAGCAAAAUGAACACUUUGGCCAAUCGUUUUCCUGCUGUGAACAGCCUGAUCCAGAGGAUCAAUCUUAGGAAGCGGCGAGACUCCCUCAUCCUAGGUGGUGUGAUUGGUGUCUGCACCAUCCUAUUGCUGCUGUAUGCUUUCCAUUGAUGGGACAUCUCCAUGGACUCUUGACGACCACCACUUUCACGCCCUGAUCUGGAAUAAGGAAAAGUAGGAAGAAGUUGACCGUCCUGACAAUUAAUCUGACCACCAGAUGAAUUCAAACUAAUAGUAUGGCUCUGUGACAUGGUCAGGUCGUACUAAAGCCACAGAUUUUUCUGUGCUAUCUUUUCUAACACACAUUUCCCCAUUUUUUAGUU